GCCUGCGCUGUGAUUGGUCAGAUUAUCAGAGGUACCGGAGCGGGCUGAAUAACACAUUCAUCCUGACAUCUUCAAAUUCGUGAAGUUUCAGCUGCUAAUCAAACCUUUAACCGAUAUUACCGGCUGAGUUUAUCGAUAAGACACACUCUGAAAGGACACGACUAACGGACUCCUCCUAUGUCUUUAUAACGAAGCUUUAACAAGCUUUAAAUACUGUUUUGAUGGAGUUAGCUGUGUUAGCUUAGCAUGCUAACAUGUCAUUGGAAUCACAGCUAACGUUAGCUCGUUGAGUUGUUGCUUCCAGGAGCUUCAGCAGCAUCAAGCAUGAACUGCCCCCCCACUAAGCGCCUCCGAGGCCUGAACGCGGAUGUCGUAACAGCCGUGCCCUUUGACGACCCGUUCGACGAUGACGAUGAUUUCACCCAGGAUGACUUGGAUGAGAUUGACAUCAUCGCCUCGCAGGCCGUCACCUCGACCGCGUUACCCGGACAUGAGUCUAAACUGGCAAGCAAACAGACGCACUCUACCCGGGGGUCUGGGUGGUCUGCAUCUCCAGGACCGAGCAGAUCUCUGAGCAGAGCCGCGAACAACCCGAGCAGAGAGAACACGUUUGGAUUGAGCAGCAGAGGGAAAGCUGCCAGUCAUGAGUUAACAAGUAGAGAGCCUCUCGGCAGCAGACAGCAGCAGUUUGGGUCAGACCGAGGAGACUCCUACAGACAGCUGGAGGCUCAGCAUGCAGAGCUGAAGAGGAAGCUGAAGGAGGUGGAGGACGAGAUCAUGCUGAAGAGCGGGGAGAUCCGGGUCCUCAGGGACUCUCUUAAAGGAGCCCAGCAGGAGAAGGAGGCCCAGAGGCAGAACCAGGUCCUGCUGGAGACCCAGAAGCAGAGAGAGCACAGUGAGAGGGAGAAGGAGCUCCACAGGAAGGUCCAGUCUCUGCAGACCGAGCUGCAGUUUAAAGAAGCAGAGAUCAACGAGAUGAAGAGCAAACUCAGCUCGGAUAAGAUCAAGACCGCCUCUCCUCUUCGUAGAAACAGUCCUAAAGUGCUGGCCCAGUUGCAUCAUGGGAGCAGCAGCAGCUCUUCCUCUCCGAUAGGAAACGGUUUCAUCACCAAGGAGAUGUUUGGAGCGAACAUCCCCUCCAGAACGACACCGGUGAAGACGCGGAGGGAAGAUCGAGCAUCCAGAAGCAGACAGGAAGUCACUCUCCCUGACCCGUUCCUCUGUGUCAGACCUGCACACCUGCAGCACAGAGGUGGCGUCCUGCUGGGGUUGCUCCUGCAGCAGCCGUUGUCUCCCAGCAGCCUUGGCCUGUCUCACCUGCUGUCUAUGAAUCUGAGUGACAUCCACCUGGAGUCAAGGAUGUCCGGAGUUUUCCUGCUGCACUCUGAAGCUGCAGCCACCAGCAGCAGCAGCAGUGGCGCAGGUGGAGCUCCCAGGGCUGCUCCAAGUCCGGUCCAGAGUCUGGCUGUAACUGGACUCAACAUGCUGAGUCAGAGUCGAGCGGAGGCUUCAGCCAGCAGCAGAAACAAAAGACCAUGUCCCGGAGCCGACCUCCUCCUCCCUCUGCUGGACCUUCACCUCUCCCGGCUCUGUCAGGUUCUGGACUCGCUCCGCUCCUCAUCUUCUGGAAGCAGUGGUUCAAGCUCUGCGGGCCGUGCUGCUGCUGCUGCUGGACCAGGGAGGCUGGAGGAGACUGGUUUGACUGGUUUCAGUGUGGAGGACACUGGUCUGGCUACUCUGAGGCUUCUGUACCUACUGCUGGCCCACAGUGACGAGGUGGUGGAGGCCGUAUUGUCCAAGGAGAGUCAGUGCGGGGAAAUCAGCAAAAGGGCGGGGCGCUCUGCUGCAGAUGUGGGUGUGUGCUCCCAGAAUGCUUUGCUGCAGUCAGUGCUGCGGCUCUGUGAAGGAGGCACGAGUGGCGGCGAUGGUGCUUCACAGAGGGAGCAGCUUGUCCUUAACGCCUUGAAGACUCUGUGUGUCCUUAUAGAGAAGACUAAAGACACACACACAGAUAGGUUGAAGUGUGUGUUGCCAGUCCUGAGUUUGUGUUUGUCAGCAGACAGCAGGCUGCAGACAGUCUCCGAGUGUGUGUCCGUCCUCGCGUCCAUGUCCAACCACCAGAGUCUGUCUCAGCAGCUCCGCUCCCAGCACGACCCGUGUGUGUUCCUGAAGUUGUUCCAGUACAUCAGGACCAGACCAGAGAGCCAGGCAGCACACACAGACUGGAUUCUUCUGGACCUGCAGGUGGUUCGUUUGCUGAGCAGACUGAUGACUCAGAGAGCAGAGAGAUGGACGAGCAGCCAGCACGGCACCUGUCCGUGUUACACUGAGCUUGUUCAGACGGUGGUGAUCGUUUUCCAUCGUCAGUGGUUGGAUCUUCGAGGCGCUCAGGAGCUGACAGACUCAUCAGGUGUGGCCCCGCCCUCACAACCAAGCCCCGCCCCCUCCCCGCCUUGGUUUCGCAGCCCGGCAGUGUCUCUCCUCAGAGAGUGUCUGCUGCUGCUGCACUGGCUGCUCCUGCAUCACAGCAGCUUCUCAGAGAGCUGCAGGCCGCUGCUGCACAUGUACGACCAGGUGAUCCCUGCCGUGAGAGAUACGCUGAGGAAGAUCCCCGGGCUGAGCGAGAGCGAGGAGCUGGCUCUGGAGGAGAUCUGUCGCUCAGAGGGCGACGACACCGACGACAUGGAUACUGACACCGGAUCCUGACUGGCUGAUGUGACCAAAAAUCAGACACGAAGGCUGGCUGUUGAUUGAAUAUUUCACACUGAGGACAAAAGAGACUGCUUUCUGUCAAACUGAUGAAUUACACACUGAAGUGAAAUUAAGGAUUAUAGUCUGAAGAGACAAACGGUCUGAUAGGAUGUAACAAUAAAACACAAAGGUGAGAAAACAGGA